UUCACGUUCAGCGACUUUCACAUCAUUUUAAAUACUUACAUGCAGUGUAACAGUAGCAGUUGAACGGAACAGUGUUGACGUUAUACAUUUUUUUUUAAUGUCUUAACAACGUAACACAUGUCAUAACACAUUUUAAAAACAGAAAAAAAAUUUUUAAAAUGUAUUAUUAUUAUAAUUGAACGUUUUUUCUACGUUAGCUUUAAAUUAUUCAAUGGUAGAAUAGUUUGAAGGCAAUUUUCUUGUGAUAUUAAUAUAUAUGUGAUUUUUAAAUUAAAAAUUGUUUUACUGGAAUAAUUUUUGGUGUACAAAAUGCACGAAAAAGGGGGAGAUACUGUGCAGAAGAAAUUGAAGUACCCGAAGUCAGUUUUCUUCAUCAUCAGCAAUGAAUUCUGUGAACGAUUUGCUUUCUAUGGAAUGCGAACCGUAUUGACAUUGUACCUACAGAGAAUUUUACUAUACAGUGAAAAUACAUCGACAGUUAUUUUUCACAUUUUUAUAAUGUUGGCAUACUUGACACCCAUUUUUGGAGCAAUGCUGUCCGACUCGCUUCUUGGAAAGUUCAAAACUAUUUUUUACAUUAGUAUUAUUUAUGCAAUUGGACAAUUUAUAUUGUCCGCUAGCGCAACGCCAUGGCUCAAUUUUGCAACCCGAGAAUUUACAAUGCUUGGCCUAGUGUUAGUGGCUCUGGGAACCGGUGGGAUAAAGCCAUGUGUAUCUGCUUUUGGAGGCGAUCAAUUUAUCAUGCCUCAACAGGAAAUUGCAUUAACUACUUUUUUCUCACUUUUUUAUUUUGCUAUUAAUUCCGGUUCUUUGAUCUCAACUUUUAUAACUCCAAUCUUGAGAGAGGACAUUAAAUGUUUUGGUAUUGAUUCCUGUUUCUCACUGGCCUUUUUAGUUCCUGCUGUUUUAAUGGCUCUAUCAAUAGUGAUUUUCAUUCUUGGUAAACCUCUCUACAGAAUUAAAAAACCCGAAGGCAAUGUGGUGUUGAAUGUGUCUAAAUGCAUAGCGCAUGCAAUUCGAAGAAAAUAUAAAACUUCGAGUCACAAUAAAAGGGACCAUUGGUUGGAUUACGCGGACGAUAAAUAUUCAUCAAAAAUGAUUGAAGACAUAAGAUCGGCAUUAAAAGUACUGAAAUUAUUUCUGCCUCUGCCAAUAUUUUGGGCACUUUUCGAUCAACAAGGAUCGAGAUGGACAUUCCAGGCAAACAAUAUGAACGGUGAAAUUGGCAGUUACAUAAUAAAACCCGAUCAGAUGCAAGUCGUCAAUCCAUUUUUAAUUGUACUUUUCAUUCCAAUCUUCAAUAGCUGUUUAUAUCCAAUUUUUCAUAAACUCAAAAUAUUCAAUACUCCUCUCAAAAAAUUGACUCUCGGCGGUGUACUGGCAGCGUUUGCUUUUAUCAUCUCAUCAGUUGUUGAAUUUCAAAUGGAGGAUACUUAUGCAAUUCUUCCUACUGCCGGUAAGGGUCAAUUAAGGAUAUUCAAUACUCUGAAUUGUUCCGUGCCAAUGUCAGUGCAAAACGAGACUUUUGAACUGAAGCCACUCGAUUUUUGGGAAAAUAUUAAUAUUCCAGUCAAUAACUAUACGGAAAUAUCAAUUAGAGCCAAUUUUGCACUUUGUCAUAAGGAAAAUUUCUCAAUUUCUUCUGGAGAAGAGAAUGUUUCAUUUUUAUUACACGAGAAUACUGCCAUUUCCUUGCCAAUAAAUAGAAAUGGGUUGUAUUUUCCCUACAAAGAUUCAGUGUCAAAAGCAAUGGAAAAAGAUUUUUUUAUACGUGCCCUAAUAUCGUUGGCAGAUUAUGAUAGUGGUGUACUUCGAUUAGUGCAUGACGGUUCGACUAAAUUGACAUUUGACAUUAAAAGUGAAUUUAAUGAGACUGCUUUAAUGGAAAUGGAACUUGGAACUUAUGAUUUCUAUUGGAAUGAAAAACUUAUUGAAAAAUCAAUAAGGUUUAGACGAGGAGGUGUUUAUACACUUGUUGGGUAUAUUUCUGAAAAUGUGAAAAUCAUGAAAAUUCUAACAGUAACGCCGGAAAAUGGUGUUCAUAUACUCUGGUUAAUACCACAGUAUAUUGUCAUAACAAUGGGAGAAGUUAUGUUUUCCGUGACUGGUCUGGAAUUUGCUUUCACUCAAGCGCCAGUCAGUAUGAAAUCAUUAUUACAAUCCGCUUGGUUAUUAACUGUGGCUAUUGGAAAUUUGGUUGUGAUAAUUAUCGCAGAAACGUCAUUUAUGAAGCAGUCGUACGAAUUUUUACUCUUCGCUGGCCUCAUGUUUCUGGAUAUGAUAGUCUUUGCUGUGAUGGCGAUGUGUUACAAAUAUGUUGUGAUAACUGAUGAAUCUGAAGGUAAUGGUAAUGGUAAUGGUAUUCCCAUGCGUGGGAAAAGUGGAUCAAUCAACGCGUCAUUUGUCGAGGAUAGUAAUGAAGACAUAAAACGAUAGUGCUCUUCCAAAAAGUCAUAAAAAAGAAAAAGAAACAUUUUUUUCUCAAUAUCCUCAAUGCAUUACAUUAUCAAGAGAUAACCAAUAUUACCAAGAUUCAUCAUAAAAAUAUUGGAAUUAAAAAAAAAUUCCAUAUAUUAUACAUUUUUACGCUUUCUGUAAAUACUUAUUUUCCUACAUCUUAUUUUGUUUAUACAUUGUUUUUUUUUACUUUGUUUUAAUUUCAUUGAGAAGAUAGAAAAAAUAUACCAUAUUCGUUAUAGA